GGGGGCUGCCAGAACUCCAAGAAGGUUGACGUUCUCGUCCUGCAAGCCUCUGGCGAGGCCAUUUUCAACGAUCCGUUGCCGCAGAAGACGACCAUUUGGGAACUGCAGAAGUACAUCUCGGCCAAGGAGUCGAGCUGCCCCAACAAAUUGGCGCUGCUCCAUGGGAGCCAGGUCCUAGGUCCGGGCGUGAAGUUAGAGGAGCUUCAGCUGGACGUUUUGGAGUUGUCUGUGGUGAGAAAGCCGCAACGAGAGGUGAUCAUCUAUACACCCAAGCAGGAGUCCAACGAACUCAAACUGCAGAAGUGCAUCAUCCUGGGCGAAGCAAACUCAGGCAAGACCCAAUUCCUGAGAGCCCUGGCGGGUGACACCUUCAGUGAGGAGCAAUCCUGCAGUUGCGGCCUUGACUUUAGAGUGCUGCACGUGGCCAGCAGGGAAGAGGUUGAUAAGGUCGAUCGAAAGGUGAAAAUAAAAUUUUGGAGCGCGCGGGGCAUGGACCGCCUCCCCGAGUGCUUCAAGAACACCUUCUUCGAUGAUGCCGAAGGCUAUUUUGCAGUGUUCAAUCUGGCCAAGAUGGAAACCUUCACUCGGAUCCGUGAGUUGGUCAGCCGCUUUCGCCGCGCAGUGCCCUGCCCACAUGCGCGGCGCUGUGCCAUGCUGAUUGGUACCCAUGCGGAUGUGAAGCGCGACCGUCGGCAAGUGUCGGAGGAAGAGGCGAUUCGCUUGGCCUCGGAGCUGGAUUGCGUGUAUCAGGAGGUGUCCAGCAAGACUCGGCACGGCAUUGAUGAGGCGUUGCAGACCUGGUUCGAUCUCUACUUCGAUACGUACCAGGAUGUGGGCAUUACCGUCGUCAUGCCAUCUGAGCGUGGGACACCAGCUUUGGAUUGA